CUGGUGCCGUUUGUGGGAAACUACCUUGACUUGGUAAACCAUAGGCAAACAGUGACAAGCAUUAACAGUGAAGUGCUACAUGCAGGGCCGCUGACAGCCUUGGCCUGGCCCUGAACGGGCCCCCUUAUCCAAUACAUACAAUGUAGUGAGGACCCAAUUCUAGGCCCCCUCUCCACCUGGGCCCGGGACAGCUGACCCCUUUGUCCACCCCCUGUCUGCUUCCCUGACAACAUUUGAUGUCCUUUUGCUCAGCAAAACUCAACAGACAGAACUUAAGUUUCAACUAUCCUUAUAAGAUUCUUACACUAGAUAAGUGAUUAUGUGGCUAGUUUUUGAAACCCUCUUGAUGUAUUGCAGAUUGAAGGAAUUAUUAGAAAUCAGUGUGUGUAGUGUUAAUGUCAGAUUAGGUGAUGGUACCUUUGCCACCAAGGAGCAGACACAGACCUUAGUCUCAGUAUCUUUUUUUUUUUACAGUUGAAUGUUAAACACACCGUCCAAAUAUUGACACAAGCCAGAUCAGAGUCCUUCCUUUUCCCCUGAUCUAGUUCUGUAACUCGAACCAAGCACAGCACAGCACAGCCAGAGUUUCCAACAAUGUGGUUCCAGCAAGAAGGAUUAAUCAUGGGAAGCAAUGCAUGUGCUCCUUCUGGAGAGACAAUGCAAAAUAUCUUGUCCAUGGCCCAGAUUGGGGGCAUUAUGCCGGACGUCGCCCUUGACAGGACCCUUGCCGGCUACCUUUCCCUGAACUCUGGAACGGCGCUGACAAGCCACUAUGAAGCAAUUCAGGAGCGUCUGUCUAAGGACCAACUGGCUUUCUUCAACCAGAACCUGACUUCAACAUUCGGUGGCAACAAAGUGACACUUGGGAGAACAGGAGUGGUGGCACUGGCCUUGUCCCUGUUCCUGGACAUUGUGGCCAACGACAUCAUGGGUCUACCCACCCCAGAUCCCAUGCAGAGAUUUUUAGGAGUGACACACUCCUCCAUUGGGAAUAUAAUAGGCGACUAUCUAAGAAAGGUGCCUGAAGUUGUCAACAACAGCGAUGGGAUGGCAGACAUCACAGACCUCUGUGAUCUGGAGCUGAAGUUUGAACUCAUUGACCUCUUCGAAAGGAUGACUCUUCACGGUCAGUUAAACUCCCGUAACCUCAAACUAUGGCUAAAUGGGGCAGCCAUCCACCUGCACGUCAGGAUCCAUGGGAUCCGUCUAGGUUCUGUCCCGCAGGGUUCGGCCGAGUCACUGCGCCUGUCCUACAGCACCGCGUUCCCGAGUCUGGUGCGGAGGUACACAGGGUACCUGCGGCGCUACAUCAGGGAGACGCCCCCCUCUCCCAGAACACACGCGACUGGAUUUCUGGUCAUUGAGCCCAACAGGAACGCCAGUCACUGGGUCAAGCACAGUCCCUGCGAAUCUCGAGCCAUCGAAAACUCCCUGCUGGCUCACAUCAUUAAUGCACAGCGUGUACCAUCGACUGAGGAAUAUCUCGAGAACUUGGGGAAGAACCUUAACCUGCUGGUCCGACACCGAAACGAUUUUGAACUGACAAAAAAGGGAGUUUGAGACUGUAUGUGCUGCCCAUGCAGCUAGUAUUUUACACCUAAUUUUAGGGGGAUAGAAAGAGACAGAAUUAGCUACAAUAAGUAAAAGAAAAGAAAUCAGAUUCAAAAUUACAAUUGGGUUUAUUGUUUCAGCUGCCCAGAUGUCUAAAAUGUAUGUAGGUAGGUAUAAAUUAUGUUUUACACUUUCAAAUGGAAUUCUGUAUGAGCCAAUUUUACCUCACUAUGCUGUAGUAUUUGAAAAAAAAAAAACCUUAACCCUAUAAUUAACAAAAAAAUUUUUAAAAAAAUUGACCAAAAAAAAGUUAAACAUCUUCACUUUUGGGGGAGGAAGGGUGGGUGUCUAUUGUAAUAUACAUCACUUUUUUGAAACAUUAUCCUGAAAAUGGCUCAGAAUAGAUCAACCAGGACUGCAGCCAAGUAAAAACUGUACAAAUGACAACAUGUAUUGGUGGAAUUAAAAAAAAAAAAGAA